AUAAGAUAAAUAGGAUCCGGAAACCGAUGGUAUCUGUAAGUGACUUUAUACGUUUAAGUUUAUACAAUUUUACAUACAUCCGAAAUGAACACUUCAAACGUAAAGUUUUUAAUUACUUCGACCAAAUGUUUGGACCGAAUGGGACUAUAAUUGAACAACACAUCACCGAAGAACCAGCUCGCAAUGUUCUCCUAUUUCAAAUUCAGUCUCCUGGUAACCACAAUAGCAGUUACACAGGUGGGACAUCUGUCUUCUUACAGCGACUUCGUAAGCAGUAAUGAAACAACUGAAGUUAGUGAACAAACGACAGAGAUAAGUAAAAUAACGACAGAACAUCUUCAAAGUUCCACAGCAAAUACUGAAUCGUCAAAAACUACUGAACAUGGCAAAACAACGUCAACCACUGCAGAAAUAACGACUGAGCAUGGUGGAGUAACGACUGAACAAAGUGAAACAACCACUGAACAUGGUGAAACUACACCAGCAGAAAUGACUACUGAACAUGGCGAAACAACGACAGAACCAAGCAAAGUUACAACAAUUUCCGGUGAAAUAACGACAGCGUCCAGUAAAAUAACAACAGAACCUAGUACAAUUACAACAGUAUCAAGUCCAAUUACAACAGAGUCCAGUAAGGCAACAACUGAACCUAGUAAAAUCACAACAGAACAUAAAGUUACAACAACAGAAAAAAGCAACGGGACGACCACUUCAGUACCUAUCACCACAAAACAAGGACCAAUUACGACGACAGAACAAACAACGACAUCAAGCAAGAAGCCAACCAGUAAACCACACACUGCCAAACCUCAUCACACACACAGGAAAUUUGAUGGCUUGUCGUUUGUCGGUGGAAUAAUUCUCGGUUUCGGCGUAGCAGCAUUAGUAAUUCUGCUCCUAUUCUGCUGCUGCAAGACCAAAAGAGGAGAAUACAUGUCAAUUUAAAGAUAAACCGAUUACGGGAAGAACUAUAUAUUCGUAGCUACAUUUAGUGUGGAUAAUAAAUUGGUUAACUGGUUAGUAGCAAUGAUCAAAGAUAUUGUUUAGGGAAAGUAUCUUAAACAUUACAUAUCUGGACCCAUAUUUUGCAUUUUCUCUCUUAUCUGUAUAUAUAGUUAACAAGCGAUCUUCUUUAAUUGUACUAUAUAUGUUCACAAGUUAAGGCACGUGUUUUUUUCUUGUGACAUGAUUUUAUCUGUUUCAGUUUUCUUUAAAACAGUUAUUAGUCAACUAGUAGAAGUUCUUAUAUACAAUAAACACAACUAAAAUGGUACCACCGUUGGUCACUGUUGUUUUUGUUGUCGCUUUGAAGGCAAACAAAACAUGCGUAUAGUGUUAAAUGGUUUGAAAGGAUGAUAAGUUAUGGACAUACAUAAAAAUUUGAACGAAUUCAUUUAUAUUUUGAUAUCUAUCAUUUUCCUUGAAGCUUGGAGUCAUAUCAAAGUUUAAAACACAACUUGCUAACUAAAUAAACAUACUUCAACCAUAAAACAGGUGUGUUUGGAGGACGUUACACCUGCUGCAUACAGAGUAAAUGGCAGUUUGUCUCACUAGAUCAAACAAGAGCAAUACGUUUUCAGCGGCCAUUAAAACAUGACACUAAAGAGCAAUCAGUAUUGAGUAUUGAAUAAGACACCUUCUGUGUCGGCUUUUUUGUGCUUCCUGUGUGUUUUUAUUCUCUUUCGUGACUGAAAACAGAACGAUUGUGGGUUAAAGAAAAACAAAUGCAAAAAUAAAAAACAAACAAAAAAGCACAGUGGCAUUUGACCCUUUUACAGAAAUACUUAUACAAAAGCAUACAACUGUUCGCAAAGGGAAGCAUGACGACCUGAUGAUCAUUUUACUAGUAUAUCAAAACACAAUGUUCUUCUUAUGAUGAUUACUACACGGAAAAUUAUCUCCAUGGAAAAAAAGAGACGAAGAAAGAUUCAGCUUGUAGCUGUGCCUGUGUUACUUAAAAAUAUUGAACAAGUUAAAAUGAUCAGACUUGUAAGUUUUUUUCUGUUUUUCGUUUUACAACAGUUAAUAUGGAAAAUACUGCAGAAAAUCCGGCUUUUAGCCAUAAAUUCAAAACCAAUGAAAAUAUUUUGAAAAUGUAAAAAUGUUCCUUUUUAGCACCUUGUCAAUUCAUGAUUUGACAACUAUUGUUAAUUUGGUAACUUCGGGGAAAAUGAAUGUACGACGUAUUUUUAUAUGAUGGCGUGACGUAAACAAUCGAGCAAUUAGAGUAAAAACUGACCUCUGAGAACUCCACCUUUAUGGCUACAAGGUCUCUGUGCGAAUUGGUAUGUAUCAGUUGUAUAUAGCUUCCUCUCUGAAAACGCGUUUGGACUGUAAAUAUAUCAUAGUAAUAGUAAUUAUAAUACCAUGCUCUUUAAGCGCGUAAUUACUAGGUUUUGAGAAAAAAUCUGGGCAUUUAUUCACUCUAAUAACUAGUUAUAUGUAAAAAAUACAUCUUCAAAAUUUGGA